GAGACCAGUAUUGCACAACAAACAGUCAUUCUCUUCAUAAGACAAGCUGCACUGACUGUGAGUUGGGAGAAAAAUGGCCUUAUUCUCUAUUUUAAUUAUUUUGUCCUGUCUACAUGUUCACAUUGUAAGGAGUGAUCCCGGUUCCUCACAGAUAAACUGUGCGACUGGAACUAAUGUCAAUGUAGGGAGCGUCCUCGAGGGAUAUGAAGGUGAAGUAGAGCUUCUCACUAAUAUCGGACCUAAUGAUCGUCUGGUGCUGGAGAUAUAUCUCUUUCCUGUUGGUUUGGAGUUUGUGGAGCUGAUUUAUUCUGAAGGAGAUUCAUCUGCUUCUGUACGAACCAGAAAACCACUGGACGCUGAUGAACUAAAGGAGUAUGGAGAGAAAUUAUAUUAUUCAGUCACCUGCUUGAACACGGGGCUAAAAAACGUCCGGACGGUAGACAUUCUGGACAUCAAUGACAACCCUCCGAUCUUCCAGAGCAAAUCAUACAGUGCCACAGUGUCCGAGACGACGACUGUAAGUUCAGAUGUGCUCAGGGUGAGGGCUGACGAUGCAGACGUGUCUCCAGAAAACAACAGAAUUACUUAUUCUAUACUGGUGCCUCCAGUACCAGAUGUGUUUGAAGUGAGACAGGACGGUAACAUCAUGUUGAAACAACGUCUGAACUACAACAAUGCUCAACAGUACAUCUUCACUGUGGAAGCGAGAGAUAAAGGAGGACUCAGUGACACAACAACAGUUACAAUAACGGUUGAAGAUUUUGACAAUCUAAACCCUUAUUUUGAUCACAGUCUCUAUAAAGCAUCUAUUGAGGAAAACCAGGCAGGACAAUUGUCAGAUGUCACUCCUGAGGAAAUAAAAGCUCAAGAUGGUGACAGAGGCGUCAACGAGCCUGUCGUUUACAGCAUAACAGCAGUCUUUCCAAAUGAAUAUCAGAGCAACUUUGAAAUUGAUCGAAACAGUGGCAUCAUCUCUGUGACAAAAGCUCUAGACAGAGAGGAAAUUGACCAGAUAACGGUUAACAUACAGGCAGCUCAGCGUGAUGAUGACAGUAAAACAGCAAAUGCUGUGGUGUCUGUCACCAUUGAAGACGUGAAUGACAACCCGCCCAAAUUUGACCAGGAUCAAUACACAGAGUCUAUUCUGGAAAAUUUACUACAGGACCAGUUUGUGCUUCAGACUAGAGUCACUGAUCUAGACCUGGGUGGGUUCUCUACAGGUCACUUUAUCAUGGACAGUGAUACCUUCAUGAUCAACAGGCAAGGAGUAAUAUCACUCAGGAGUGAUGCCAUCUUGGAUAGAGAAAUUAUGGGCAAUUACAUUAUACAGGUAAUAGCUGUAGACCAGCCUGAUGAUGGUUUAAGCUCCACAGCUCAGGUCAACAUCACUGUUCUGGACGUCAACGACAACAACCCACAAUUCCUUCCUCUCCCAGAGCGCAUUGAGAUUCAGGAAGGUGUGUACACUCCCUCAUCACCUGGAGAGGUGUGCGUGAUAUCAGCCACAGACUCCGACAUUGGAGAAAACGGACGUGUCACCAUCUCUACUUACUCACACAGUGAACUAUUUAGCUUCAGGGAGGAUGGGACUCUACUAGCUAUCGAGGCACUGGAUCUGGAGACACAGGACGUGUAUGAUGUGGUCAUUGUUGCAAUGGAUCAUGCAAUCCCACCAAGAAAUAACAUCACCACAGUGAGGGUCAGUAUCACAGACGUCAAUGACAACGCUCCAGUCUUCAGCUCUGACACCUACAGCAGAAGCAUUCUGAUUAAAGACGCCAAGGUUGGAGAGGUGCUGCUGACAGUCUCUGCCACGCAUAAAGAUGUCGGGUCCAAUGCAAUCAUUAGCUACAGUUUCUCUGAAGACUCUUCCAUGGUCGCACUGGAUGCUGAAACAGGAGACAUUACUUUGACCUCUGACCUUAGCGAGGUCACAGAAGACACGCUGCUAAACCUGACUGCUAUAGCAACAGAUCAUGGCAGACCACCAAAAUCUGAUGAAGCCAAAGUCUUGAUCCAUUUCAAAACUGAAGGUUUGGCUUUUGAGAGCUCCUCCUACAACUUUACAAUUAAAGAGAACGAACCUCAGGCAACGAUAGUAGGUCAUGUCAAGGCAUUAACAGGGAGUCCACAGGUUACAGUCAGCUAUAACAUGAAGUCACAUGAGGAUGUCUUCUCUGUGGAUGGUGAGGGAACCAUAAAAGCUCUCAGACCGCUGGACAAGGAGGAAGAGGAGUGGUACUUCCUCAAAGUAGAGGCCAUAGACUCCAGCAGUCCUCCAAACACUGCAGAGACAAUGGUCAGUGUUCAGGUUGAGAACGUAAAUGAGGCUCCUGUGUUUGAUGCUGCAAUUUAUGAGGCCCAUAUCCCCAGCAACUCUCCAUACAAAUGCCCUAUAGUGAAGGUUCAGGCAUCAGACCCUGAUGUUGGCGAGAGCUCAAAACUGCAGUAUUCCCUACUGGAGCACUGUCCACUGCUAGAUGUAGAUGUAAACACUGGUCAGCUCUACGUACUGGAUGUAUCCGGUUUUGGAGACAGUCUGUUCACCUUACAGGUUAAAGCCACUGAUGAACUUGGACUAUUCACAACUACAACAGUACAGAUCAAAGUGAGAGAAAUUGCAAGUGACAACUUUGUGGUCAUUCCAAAAAAGCCUAAGUUCAAGCUGAAAGAGAUGAUGCCAAAGAAAUGAUUCCCCUGCUCGGCAUGGACUGUUUGGAGGAGUGAUUUGUGUACUACAUUUCCAAGUCUUGAACAAAACAAGACAUAGUUUUUUUAACCAAUUAUUUUGAAUAAACAGUUCUUUCUGGUUUACAAAUUAAUUUAAACCAUUUUUGUUAUAAUUGAUAGUUCAUUGGUACUUUUGAGCACUGUGCGUUUUCCCUCAGUUCUUUGUGAAAAUCCUCAGUGUGAAUCCAGAAGUUGCAGAGCAUACUCAGAGAGCUUUAUAUCCAUGGACACCUAUUGUAAUGUCAUGUAGGCUAGAUGAAACAGUGUUUUGAAUUACACGAUUGCAUUACAUGAUUUUAAUGUACAACAUGGGAGACAGAGAACCACCAGAUGCAAAGCUUGAUGACUGAAAGUGUAAACACUUAUUUUCAUUAUUUUGGUGAUGGAUCAUUGGAGCUAGCUUACUUCCUGUUCUAAACAGACAGAUGCUAGCAUGAUAACAGAACUGACAGAAUGUGAAAGCUGAGCUAUGUUUUAUUAAAAGCAACAUGCACAAUUAUUGUGAUUACUGGGUGGCUGGUGCGCUACAAAUAAUGAAUGGAAGAUGUUAAAUAUUAUUUACAAUCAUUUACUGUAUUAUACCGUGGAUUUUAACAGAGAGACGGUAAUCUUAUAUUGGCUGAAUCAUCUUAAAAUAAACUAUGUAACAAAACAGUGUAAUAAAAAGAGAACAGUACCAGUAGAGAUGUAGUGAUGGUAGAAGAAUUAUCACAGAAAUGAGGCAAGUUAGGAUUGGCCAGCUUUUGUUGUUAAUACCAGGAAGUCUGCUAUUUACUCACAUAAACCAAUUCAUGCAUUCCUUUUAUCAACAGUUAAAUAUGGGGAAAAAUAAAUACAUGCAUGAAUAAAAGCUGAGGAAAAACCAUUUUUAACAUGCAAAUUCAGAAGUUGAUCAAGGCCAUUAAAAUGCUUGCACAGUCCUACACCACUUCAUGGGUCGACAUUUCACUCAGUAAUAUUAUAUAGUUAUGAUUUAUAUGUUGUUGACUGUUUGAUGAUCACGUUAGCUCAAUGCUUCUAUCACUAUUUUCUGCUUCUUCUUCUUUGCUUGUUUUGGGAUCUUGAGAUUUUGUACUAUUUCAAAAGAUGCCUCAUGGCACACUCUACUGUAUAAGAGUGAAAACAUGGAUUGAAGGGAAAUUCCAUCAAUGGCAGGAAAGAGUUCAGAAACACCCAAAUUAUGAGUUUUUUUUCCACCUGUCUGCCAAAAUAAAUUCGCUCAAUUGAAACUAAAUGCUUUUUAGGUUUAAUGUUUCAGUAAACAUUCAAAUCCUUAAUUACAUAAAAUGAUCAGCACAAGAUAUAAUAAACUUUCAAACCUUUAUACAAAGUG